AUGAGGGUUUCACCUCUCAUUCUCUCGCUGCCUGGGCUAGUUUCUGCCCAGACAGGCAAGUCGGUGUGGAAGAAACGCCUCACCGGCGCAGACCUCGAUACCUUCCAGCGCUGGUCAGUCGCUGGCACGGACCUGGGAAUCCCGUAUGUGCUCGAGAAUGGCGCCAUUGGUUUUCUUUUCGGCGACACGUUUAAUACCCAAUGGCCCGAAGAACCCAACAACGACUGGCGGGCGCCCGUGAUGCUGCGUUCGGCCAUCAACCCCGGCGACGCGAACGGUAUCGUCUUCGACUCUGCAGCAGGUGUGGGAGGCAAUGGAAAUGCGCCUGAGAUCAUGCACAACGGCCACCGAGGUGACGAUGGCUUCGGCACGUAUGAGAUCUCGGUCAUUCCUAACGAUGGGAUUGGGUUCCCGGAGACUGGCGACCAGAUCGUUUCGUACAUGAGCAUCAAGGACUGGACGGCUCCUUGGGCGACCAACUACGCUGGACUGGCCAUUUCGACCGACGGAAAUACCUUCACGCGCCUUGAUGUCAAGUGGCCCAACGAUGAUGCCAACUCUGACCCAUUCCAGAUGUGGACGAUGCAGCGUGACGGUGACUGGGUGUAUAUCUUCUCCGUCCGCUCGGGUCGCCAGCAAGGCCCCAUGAUGUUGCAGCGAGCGCCAUGGGAUCAAAUGGUCAACCAAAGCGCAUACCAGGGAUGGGGUUGGGAUGGCAACAACUGGGGCUGGGGCCGUCCUUGCACUCCGAUUCUCCAAGGCAACUUUGGCGAGCCUUCGGUGCGCAAGCUGAGCGAUGGGACCUGGGGGAUGAGCUAUCUAAAUCUUGACACGAAGAACAUCGUGACUCGCACAGCGGCGGGGCCGGACCAGGCGUGGUCGGAUGAAACAGUGCAAGUCUAUUGGAACCAGGAACCCUUUUUGUAUGGAGGAUUUAUUCACCCGUGGUCCACGGCAAAUGCAAGUGAGCUCUAUCUAAUGGUUUCAAAAUGGGCCCAUGAUCCAACGACGGGGGCUUCGACGGCUUACCAUGUGAGCCAGUAUGUCGGUUCUCUCUGA